CCGGGAUCCUGCAGGCGGCAUGUUUAGUCCGUGCUUAUACAGGGGAGAGAAAAACAAGUGGAAACUAUUUGGCUCCGAUUGCUGAGCCCUGCCUUCCUAGCAGCUAGGUCGGGGACCGGCACUCAACCCUCCGCGGACCGGCAGCGGUCCGCGGACCGGCGGUUGAGAAACACUGAUGUAGAACAACACUUCUAGAGUUAUUAGAGUAACUAUUGAGAUGCAAUCAGCUUUCAACUCUGUACAGAGUGCAAAGAUAGUUCAUCUCUCUUUCAAAAAAUGAUAAGCAUCUGUUCAGAACCUGAGGGUUCUGAACCUUGAAAAUGUGGGUCCAACGGACCCCCAGUUUGCCUGCAGCCCCCUGAUGCGCAUCCAAACUAUUACAAUCCUCAGUCUUGGAGCUGGCCAAGGGGGUUGUACUGGCUGCAUGGGCAUCUUCCAACCCUGGAAAGACAGCCCGUGCCAGCCAAUAGAAUAGAAGCCACAGGAGGAGCUUCCUCUGAUUUGGGCUAUUUGCCCAAUCCAGAUGAAACAAUGGAGCCUCUGGACCCUCAGUUAGGUUUUGUUCUGUACAAACUACCUGGGAUCUCAGGUAUAGGGACCUCUGCUGAAAUGACUCUCCUGUCCUUCAUCUUUUUGUUGACCUUUGCCCAGGCUGUAUCUUCAGGUGGUCUCGUAUUUGGACCAAGGCAGGUAACUGGGCUACAGGGUGGUUCUGUCACUGUGAAAUGCUUCUACCCUCAAAGUAGUGCAAAUAGACAUGGGAGGAAGUACUGGUGCAAGGAAUCACCAAGGCAAUGUUCAACCAUCCUUUCGUCCAAUGGCUUUGUUGCAAAAGAGUACACAGGCCGAGCCACACUAACAGACAUGCCAGAAAAUGGCAUGUUCAUCAUAGAGAUUUCACAGAUGGUCAAAGGAGACGUGGGAUCAUACAAAUGUGGCAUCGGUUUAAAUGACAGAGGAUUGUCCUUCCAAGUCAAGCUGGAUAUUUCUGAAGGUUCGGUCAGGCCUGAAGAAGCUCAACUCUUCUACGUUGAGCAGCCAGGAUCAGUAACGAUGACAUGCAUCUUUGGUCAGCAGUAUGCCAGUAGUAGGAAGUACCUGUGCAGGAUGACAAAGAGCAGCUGCUCCAACGUCAUUGACACGUAUGGAAAUAUCAACCCAUCAUACAAAGGAAGAAUUCUGAUAAGCAAUCUCGAUGUUCCUGGAUCAUUCAAUAUCAUUAUGACCCAGCUAGAGAAGGGAGAUUCAGGUGUAUAUCUCUGUGGAGUUGGCAACUAUGGGGCAGAUGGAGAAUCCAAGGAACUGGAUCUGCAUGUGUUUGCAAAGUCUUUGGUACCCAAAGGACAACCUGUACUCAGGGGAGUUCCAGGUGGUUCAGUAUCUACUGAAUGUCACUACAACCCAAAGGGAAAUGAUACACUCAGAUAUUGGUGCAAGUGGAAAUCACAUGGGUGCACUCAGUUAAUAAACAACUUGGGAUAUGUGCUGGAUACCUAUGAAGGAAGGAUAGUGAUGCAUGAUUACCCAGAAAAUGGCACAUACAUUAUCAUAUUGAACCAAUUGAAGGAGGAGGAUGCAGGGUAUUACUGGUGUAUGACAAAUGGAGAAAAUGAAAGGAAGUCAACAGCAGAGCUGACAAUCGUAGAAGGGCUACCCAGUUUAACAGGACAGAAGGAAAUCAGUGCUGUUCCUGGCUCCCCACUGACUAUCUCAUGCUCUUAUCCAUGCAAAUAUUAUCAAUAUGAUAAAUAUUGGUGCAAGUGGAAGAAUACUGGAUGUGAACCUCGUGAUGCACAUGUGCAAAACCAAAGUGGCUUGGUUGUCAGCUGCGAUAAAGACAGCAGAAUACUGUCUCUGAAUUUUGACCAAGUGACAACAGCAGAUCAAGGGUGGUAUUGGUGUGGAGUCCAACGUGCAGGUCACUAUGGGGAAACCUUCGCAGUAUAUCUAAGUGUCCAUGGAGUCCUUCUAAACUCUGAAGAAGCUCCCAAUCCGAAAGCAGGAUCCAAUGCUGUUGUUAUUCCCAGGAAGAACUCUGAAAACAGGAAUUCUCCCUUAGAUGAAGCCAAGGCAGCAGCAGGACCUGGAAGUUCAGCAGAAGGCCAAAAAGACAGUACACAUUCCACAGUUCUUCUCUCAGUUUUGGUUCCCCUUGCAGUUAUGCUUCUGCUUUUCGGUACCGUCUUUGUUGUUCUCAAGUUCAAACUUUUCAAGAAUUCAGAUCUGGUCUCAGUUGGAAGCUACAGGACCAAUAUUAGCAUGACUGAUUUUGAGAAUGCAAGACAGCAUGGUGCAAAGGACAAUGUGUGUGUGGAAGAAGAUCAUGAGACCCAGAUAGGGACAACCAAUGAGUAUGUAGCUACUACUGGCAGUCCCAAAUCAGCUGGUAAACCAAAGAAGAUAAAAAGUGGCUCCAAAGAGGAUUUGGAGAUGGCUUAUUCCACAUUUCUGCUUAAUUCAGAAAACCUUUCCACUCCAAGAAGCGUCCAGGAACAGUAAACCUUGCAAACUCAUCGUGGCUACUUCCAGAGACCAUGGAAGCAAAUAUUGCAAUAAUGAUUGAAGACAAGGCUCUUUCUAUAACCAACCAUUUAUGCUUGUUGAACUUCUAAUAUUUUCCACAAUCAUUCAUAUUUCAGUUCUGUCACUGAUUCUGAAACAAGAUACUUCUGGGUCAGGAUAUAUUGCUUUAAGAGUAUAAGCAGCCUCAUUUCAAACAAAUACAAUCAAGAUUUGUUUGAGGUUAAGAACAAAAAUCUAUACCUGACUGUAUGUUGGAUGUUGGCACAUUUUAAACUAAUCACAUCAAACAACUGACAUUUAUAUCUUUGAAAUUUUGUGCAGUUGUAUAUGAAAAUCUAUAAUUUUGAAGUAUUAAUAAGAACACAUUUUGAUAAAGAUUAGUAAAAAUCAGUUAAGAAACCUAGGAACAUCGCAUCAAACAACUGACAAAUUUCAAUCUUUGAAAUUUUUGCAAGUUUUGCUAGUCUGUAUCUACAAAUCUUUAAUUUUGAAGUCUUUAUAAGAGCACUUUUUGAUAAAGAUUAAUAAAAACCAAUAAGGAGACUUAGAAAUAUCCCCCACAUUGGAACAAAGAAAACUAGUUAAUUAAGCACACUUGUUAGUUACUUAUCCUAUGACUUAUACAUUUUAAACUCAUAGGAGCUUAGAGCAGCACACAAGGGGUUGUCCUUUUUUAAAUACUCACAACACCCCUGUGAGGUUGUUAGGCUGAAAGUGACUAGGUUACCCAGUGGCUUCAUGGCUGAUCAGGAUUUGAACUCAUAUGUCCUCAGCCCUAUUCCAUAAUUCUAGUAAGAUGUAUUGGAUAUGUUGAAAUAUGUUACCAAGUAGGGAUUGGAGUGUAAGACAUUUUUGCUUGCACAAACAUGUCUGACAUGUGCACACGCGCCAGGUACUUCUGCUUACUUCCGGUCUGAGGAGUGGACGGGGUGGCAGGGAAGUACGCUGCUGCCAUGCCAGACUGGUUUGCAAUGGAGCACUGAUGAGGGAAAAGUGGAGGGAGGGUAAAUGAACCCUGCCCUGCCCUUAAAGUCCACACCCCCCACACCCCCGCUUGGUUCCGGGAACAUCCCGAGUCUAUAUUCCUUUGAGAUCAAUGACUUUAUUGCUUAAACUAUUGAAUAAGAUGUUACAUUUUGGGGUUUUUUGCAAUACUUUUGAUGUUUGUGAUUAUUUUGCACUAAUAAAUGCCCUGAUUACGGCACAGACUCUGA